CUACCGCUCUUGCUACUGGACAGUUUCAGGAUGGCAGAAGAAUCUGCUGCUCCUUCUACUUCUGUGGACAAAACUGAGAGCACGGAUGUUGAUGGAGAAGCCAAGAAGUUGUUGGGCUUGGGACAGAAAAACCUGGUAAUGGGUGAUAUUCCAGGUGCUGUUAAUGCAUUCCAGGAAGCAGCCAGUAUGUUGGGUAAGAGGUAUGGUGAAACAGCAAAUGAGUGUGCAGAAGCUUUCUUUUUCUAUGGGAAAUCUCUUCUGGAGUUGGCAAGAAUGGAAAAUGGUGUGCUAGGAAAUGCCUUGGAAGGCGUGCAGGUGGAGGAGGAGGAAGAAAAAGCAGAAAAAGCAGAAGAUUCAAUGGUAGAAAGUGCUGAUAAUAUAGAUGAAGAAGCAAGGGAGGAAUUAAGAGAGCAGGUAUAUAAUGCCAUGGGGGAAAAAGAUGAAUCCAGAAAAACUGCUGAAGAGCCUCUGGUAUUGACUGAUGCUGAGAUGCAACUGAAAAGCAAAGAUGUAGAACUGGAAGAAGUUAAGGAAGAAAAAGUAAAUGAGGAAGCUAUGGAUGUAGAAAAGAGAACUUGUAAAGAGAGAAAGGAUGAGCAGAUUAAUCCAGAAAAUCAGAUGGAGGCAGCUGAGGGAGAAAAGCAAGGGGCCAGUGAAAUAGUUAAUGAGGGAGCAAAAGAAGAUAGUGCUGCUAUGAAAGAGACAUUAGUGGCUACAGAAGAGCAGGUGGGUAUAGCUGAGGAAGAGAAGCCACAGCCACCAGAAGAAGCUGAGGAAGAGAAGCCACGGCCACCAGAAGAAGCUGAGGAAGAGAAGCCACACUCAAUAGAAGAGGCUGAGGAAGACACCUCUGUAAACAAGCCAGUGGCUACCGAAGAACAAGCAGCUGGGGCACGGCACCCAGUAACAGCAGGAGAGGCAGGAGAAGACCCUUCUGUAGAAAGGAAGGCAGCGGUUGCAGAAGAGGUUGUUGGGGAAGAAAAGCCAAUUGAAGCAGAAGCUCUGGAGGAAAAGAUCAAAGACGACACAGCGAAGCUUGUAGGCCAGGCUCUUGAAAAACAGGCAGAUAGAGUAGUAGAGAAGACAACAGUAGUGGAGGAAGUGCUAAAAACUUCAGAAGUGAUAACAGAAGAAUUGGUGACAGCUGGUGAGAAACCAGAAAGCCAGAUAGAUGCAGCAGUAGAAAAAGAGCAGCCAGUCAGAGCUGUUGAUGAGAAAGCUGAGAAAAUGGAAACUGCUACAGAGCAAGCAGUGAUAGACUUGAAAGAGAAGCAAGAGCCCUCUGCCUCAGGAAAAGCACUGCCUUCAGCUGCAAGUGAAAUUACUCCUGCAGGGGGCAUGGAGCCAUCGCAGGAAAUACAAAUGGAAGAAAAAGCAGAAGCUCCUAAGGUAGAAAAGGAGGAAGAAAAGGAUGACGAAAUGGGAGAGGGCGAAGAAACAGAGGAAUCAGAAGAAGAGGACAAAGAGAAUGACAGAGCAGAAGAAGAUAAAGAAAAUGACUCUGCAGUUGAAGAGAAGGAGAGUGAAGAAGAUGAAGUUGGAAACCUAGAGCUGGCCUGGGAUAUGCUGGAGCUGGCAAAAGUAAUAUAUAAAAGACAGGACACAAAAGAAGCUCAACUUCAUGCUGCCCAGGCUCACCUAAAACUAGGAGAAGUUAGCAUUGAAUCUGAAAACUACACCCAAGCCAUAGAAGAGUUCCACUCCUGCUUGACCCUUCAGCAGAAAUAUUUAGAGGCUCAUGACCGUCUGCUUGCAGAGACACACUACCAUCUUGGAUUGGCCUAUCACUACAACAAUCAGUACGAUGAAGCAGUUCUGCAGUUCAGUAAAUCGAUGGAAGUAAUUGAUAAAAGAAUGGAGAUGUUGACUGAACGGCUAAAAGCAAAAGGAGAAGGAUCAGAUGAGGAUGAGAAGGAAAUUGACGAAUUAAAGGGAUUGCUUCCUGAAAUUAAAGAAAAAAUAGAGGAUUCCAAGGAAUCUCAAAAGAGUGCAAAAGUGGCUGAGCUGGCUCUGAAAGCAACUCUGGUUGGGGGAUCUUCUUCAGGCUUUUCCCAGGGAACUGAAAGCAGCUUGACUUCAACUAUACCAAUUGGACAAACAGCUGAUGGAGCAUCACAGUGUAUUACAGACAUCUCACAUCUUGUUAGAAAAAAGAGGAAACCAGAGGACGAGGCUCAACAGGGAGACAAUGAAGCUAAGAAAUCUAAACCAGAACCGGCUGUCAAUGGUGGUGGUGAUGCUGCUCCCAGUGGAAAUGAGGUUGCAGAGAAAAUGGAAGAGGAGCCAGAAGAGAGGCCACCACAAAUUGAUACAGUUCAAAGUGCUGUAUGAUAGAGCUUUAAUAUUGAACACUCCCUCCCAAGGACAAUGGGUUUUGUAUAUAAUGUAUUUUUUCACUUUGACAACUUUUAUAUUCAAUAAAGAUUGUAUGCAAACAUUAAA